AAAGAUACGGAACAAGAAGGAGCAACAUGAAAAAGGAAAAGGAGGCUUGAGUGUUCAGAAAGGAGAAGAGGCUGUGAAUCAGCGGAGAGACCUGUCAGUAGUGGACAAGUUCCGCUGCUCAGUUGAGUUGCGCCCCGGCUGUGAUGAGACGUUGCGGAGAAGUGAGAAACGCAACUCGAGAGAGAGAGAGACAGAGAGAGAAGAGACGAUCCACGAGAAAGGAUGGCAAAAGGCUGUGAAUGUCGGUCCACUGGAGUCGGACAACAGCGCGGCGUUGAGAGACACAUCGCCGCUUUUUCUCCGCUGGGCUCGAGCCUCACAAGCGACCCAGGGGAGUCUCAGAGCAUCGAUGCUCGGUUCUUCUGUUCUCGCUGUCAGUGUUGACGACGAACAAGCGCAAACGGCUUCUCACGAGUCUAUCCAAGAAUCGCGAGCUUUUUUACGCGAAUGUUCUCCCCUCCACUCCAGAAAAAAGCUGAAGCGUCUCCCUUCUUGCGCCGCGUCUCCAGCGUAGCUCGCAGAGCUCCUUUUGUGCCGUGGCUGGUCGAGGAAGGAGGGCCUUGCGUUUUUCUGCAUUUCGCGAGGAGGGAGGACCUCGAUUGCUUUGCUUCUUCUCCUGGAAAAGCGAGGGUCUUCUCUCCUCUCUUUCUCACCCGCCUCACCUUCUCAGGUCUGUCUCCUGAGGCAGAUGUCCCCUCUCUCUCCCGGCUUCUGGGUGGAGAGAAGCGCGACUAAACGGCGAGGGCGGACGCCUGUUCUCCACAUUCGACUUCUCCACUUUCCUCAGCUUUUCCCAUGACUGUCUCUAUGUAGAAGCUCCUCGAGGCUGAGACGCGCCAGCAGACUGGGAAGGAGCGUCACAGUCUUCAGAGCCGUCCGCUUCUCCGUCACUUGCACCCUUCGAGUCUGAUUCGUUAGAAUACAUCCGGACAUCACCCUUUGUCACCGAACUCCCGCGUACUUGUCUCUGCCCGUUCUCUCCUUAAUCUUCCUUCGUUGCCCUUCUUUUCUCUCCUUGCUCGUUUCCUCUCUCCUUUCUCCUUCUUCUCUACCUCGCCAUUCUCGUCCUCUCCUUUCGCCUUCUCUCUCCUCCUUCUCUUCUUUAUUUUUUUCUCUCGUUCUCCCCUCCCUAGUCCUUCUCCGCAUUCUCUUCUUCUCACCGUCCGCUUUCUUUUCUUUUUUUUUCUCUGCCUCUGCGAGGACGCACCCUUCGCCUUUCCUCCGUCCCGAGAGCCGAGCUGUUCUUCCUCGUCAUCUCUCCCGUCUCCCGCGUCCUUUUGCGUCUCUGUGUCUCUCCAAGUUUCAGCAGUUUUCCGCGUCUCCACUUGGCUGGCGUCUUCCCUCGCCCAUACGGUUCCAUACUGUUCGUCUUCGCGACCGCUCGCCUCUCACUCUGCGCCUGGAAAGGCGAAGUUCUCACACCUCAUAUCCUCCUCGCCUCUUCUGCUUCACCUUCUUCGUCGACCUUCCUCAGACUCGCCUCUCUCUCUCUCGUAGAACUAUGGAAACCACACCGCCUUGUUCCGAGAUGCCUCAAGAGCGCGAAGUUGUCUCCUUUCUCGCGUCUCGUUCGGCUUCAUCUUCUUCCUCUUCGUUCUCGCCGGCCCCGGACUCACUUGCACCUGCCUCCUCUCCACAGCCUGACUGCGCUCACGCUGCGUUCGUCACUUUCGGAGAAAACCAUGAAAAUUACGAGUCAGGAGAUGGAAAACCUGGGCAGGCGCACUGCCGGGGACCAGCGCCCCAGGACGCCCCCGCGCGCGUAGAGGCCGCGUUCUUCUCUCGUGCUCGCCGAAACUCGACAGCCUCUGAAGACCCUCGGGCAACUGACAAGGGGACAGAGAGGGCAGGAGAGAGACCCGCAAGACGCUCACAGUCCGCAGACCUUCUCGUCUUUCCUCUGCCUCUCGCGGACGCUCUUCAUUGCCGCUCUUCUUCGUCUCUCAGUGGAAGAGGAACACUGAAGGCCAGACACAGCAAAGAGGGACUCGACCUCUCUCCCAGGGUCUCUGUUGUCGACCGCAUGGUGUCGAAGACAAGCCAUGAAGUUCUUCUUUCUCUCCCGGGAUAUUACACCCUCUGCGUCGCAAAUAAAACAGAUAGUUCCUGGGAUGGCCUCUUCAUGGGCUUGGCGCAGAUGCGCGUUGUCUGCGAAUACUCCCUACUCGCUCCGCCUACGUCCCUCUGCUCUCUCUGGAACACGAUCUCUCCUCCAGAUGCUCGCAAUUAUCCCUCCCCUCUCUAUUCUUCUUCUGAAAGUUGUUCGCCUUCCUCUCCCUGUUCGCCUUCGCCUUCUACUUCCUGCUCGACUUCUGCUUUCUCUCUGGCAGCCUCUUCGCCUUCUCGUCUCUCCUCGAUGCGCUCUCAGCCGCCCGCCAACCAAGACGAAAACGAACCUCGACAGGAAGCGACUCACGCAGGUGCAUGCAGCAAAGGAGCUGCAGCUCCGAAGACGGACACCGAAGUCCCAGAAAGCGUUUUUUCCUCAGAACCAGACACCGCGCUCUCCGACGGCGGCGUUCGUGAGGACCGAUCGUCGAGGGAGGACAGACCGACGGCGCGAGUGAACAAUGGCGGCGCGACGCUGCGGGACGCUCCGCAAAGAGAGCCACAAGCGCGUGGUGUCGUCCGCAUGCAUUCGUCGGCCUCUGCCUCUUUCGCCCAAGACCGGAAAUCUCCCUUCCGGCAUUUCGACGCGAUACGCCCGGGCGAGCACCGGAGAGCCUCGCGACUGUUGUGUGGGGAGGAAUCGCUUGUCGGGACAAAGCCGCAGAACUACUCGAAUUUCAGCUGGCGCCACAGCCAGGUGCCUCUUCCGCCUCCCUUGGUAACCGCGAGGUGUACGAACAGCCAAGGCGAGGAGGAGGGAACGAAUUCGUUUAAUCCGUUUAGUCGCGAGGGAUCGGAAGGCGAAGAAGAUAACGACGGAGAGCCAGACGGAUGCGGUGUCUCGCAGCGCGGAGGUCCCUCGUCCGUGUCUGCGUCUUCUUCUUUUGGGAGGUCGUCUUUCUUUGGCGGUCAAGAAGCUUCGGAUACCGAGAGCGACGCGCCUGUCGUCGUUGUCUGCGCGUCGCGAGAUGCCGAGAAAAAGCCUUGCGUCUCUUUCGGCGCUUCUGGACGUCGUCCGGAAUGUCGAGACGCUUCAACUCACAAGGCCGUCCCGCGCACAAGCAUGGCGGACCACGCAGUCGGAGGCGGCUUUGCUUCUGCCUCUCCGUUUGCGACAGACGACGGUGGAAGCGAAGAAGGCCGCAGAGAAGCAGAAGAAUGGAAGGGAGACGGAACUGGAGGGAAGCCACAAAAAAGCACAGAGGAGGGAGAAGAAGCAGAAGGCAAGGAAAUCGGUGGAGAAAAGAACCACGCAGAAGAAAAAGAUGAAGCAAUGAUGGCCAAAGACGGUAACGGGCACGAAGCAGCAAACGAGGCAGAAACCCCCGAGGAAAGGUUGCGAGAAGACGCAGAAAAGGAAUCCGAGGAACCAAGUCGCCUCCCCGCUUCAUUCACCCAGGCGCCUCUCCACGCGUCAGCCGCGCGAGUUGGGUCUCGCGAUGUCUCCGUCAAUGAGAUGCCUGGUCUCGCUCGCGAGGGAGACACGGCGUUUAUGCGCACCGACCGGGGGCAUGGACACCGCAGACAGCGCGACCCGUCGCUGCCGCGAGGUGCCAGUCAACAGCUGCUUUCCCUGAAGGAGAAAGGGAGACUUCUGGUUCCCUUGGCAACUGUUCGGUACGCCUUCUUCCGCGUCCGUCACCCUGGAACUGUUCUGCGCCUUCGCGUGUACACCGCCAUGUCUCUGGGCAUGCGACUGAAGGCCUCAGUGUCUCUGAGCUUCUGCGGAACGCCGGCAGAGAUUCCACGAAAAAACAGUGUCCCCUUCGACCUCGACAGGUGUACCAUGCUGACGCUGGACGACGGCGGGGCGUUGACGUUUGUCUCUCUGUUUGUGUUGCGUCGCCUGGAGAAGGAGUUGCAGUUUCACCUCAACGACUCUUCUCUUCAACUUGCCUCUGCGUUUGACCUCGUCGCAGGCAGUGGCUUUGGCGGACUCGUCGCGCUCGGACUUCUGCGUGGGCUGACGCUGUCUGAGAUGCUCUCGACGUGGACAGAUGCGAACGACGAAGAAGCGAAGGCCGAAAGUCGCGGAGGCUUUUUUCAAGCUCUACUGCGAGAGGGUGGCAUGCGCAGCCGUGUGCAGCAGCUUCUUGUGGAGCAUCUCGGCGAACAAUUUCUUGGCACAUUUCCUUCCGGGCCUUACUGCUUGGUAACGGCGGCAGACGUCCUUUCGCAGCCGCAUGAGGUUUUCAUUCUCAGAAGCUACGACCACGUGCGUCCUGCUCUGCAUGCGCAUGCCUACCGUGGGACGGCGCGGGUGCCUCUGUGGGUGGCUGGGUGGGCCACUUGCGCAGACGGCCAUCACAUCAAAGCCAUGUCCAAGAGUGACUUUUCCUCGCUAGGAUAUCAACUGGAACCCGCAGUUCAACUUCAACAAAAGUCUCCGUCAACGAGCAAUCCCACUCUUCUCGCACUCGAAGAAAUGGCACGACUGGCAGAUAAACCACUAAGCAAGUUCAUUCAGGAAAAUCUUCAGCUUCUGAUUUCUGUCGGGUCCGGAAGUGCUUCACCGGAUGGCUUCGACCUUUGCCUCCGAGGCAACGGACGCUCUCUGUCUCGUGGAGAGAAGCGGGAGUUUCUCACUGAGGCGUGGGCGAAGAAGCAUCAAGUUCAUCGAGAAGUUCUGCACUGGCUCGCGGAUACUCAGAACAUGUAUUACAGGCUAAAUCCGCCUCACGGGGACCACUGCACUCCGCAGUGCAUAGACAGCCGGAAGCAUGAAUUUCUUCGCGCUGUGACGGAAAGUUAUUUGGUGGACGAUAAAUUCUUCGAUGUGAAAAUGAUUUCUCGUCUCCUUGCACAUCGAAUUCUCGCUCUCAGAGAAAGGACCCCGCCCCCGACCGCUGCCGAUUCUAGCUGCAUGCGUUCUUGGAAACGGAAUCUUAGAGCAGACCGCUGGCCGUACAUGUAAACUUCUGACACCACUCUCUGUCGCUCUGUGUGACGUACUCGACACGCGAGAAUAUUUGUUAGGGACGCGGCAACAUCCUGCAACUGUAAAGAACUCGAUGGACUUUAUCGCAUCACAUGAGUCCGUAACUGUGAGUGAAUACUGGUUUUAUACAUUUCAGUGUCCUAGUCACGAUAACAUCUGUGUUUAUUCGAUCUGGGUUCUACCAAUGUAUACACACAAGAUUACCGAAUGGAACGGUGCUCUUGAGUGGGACGGUGCAAGCUGUGAGAGUGGAAGUUGCGAACUGAAACGAACGCACAUACAAAAAAAGGACAACGUUUUGGAAAGGGGGGACAGACGGGCGAUUCGCGCGUCUGUUCUGUUCUCGGGGCAACGAGGCAUUUGUUUUGAUUGGAAAGAAGUUCGUGGAAGUUUUUGAAAACCGAUUUUCGAAAUGCGACAAUCAUAAAUUAGCUGCAGCGGCGCGAGGUGUGUGUGCAUGUUUUGAGUGCAGUGAAGAGUAAUGCAGUUUUGAAUUGAGGGAACGCUGUGAAAGAGCCCAGGAGACUCUCACAGUGGCAAUUCAACAGUCUCGCGUGUUUUCAAGUAUGUAUUGUACCUCAAAAUUUCCACAUUCGACGGAGAGACCUUGACGUGAAGUUCCUAUGAGGAUCUUCAAAAGAAAGUUGGUAAUGUGUCUAUCUCCACUUUAGGUUUUGUGUCAUUGGUAUUGUACGCUUAAUGUGAUAGCCAUUUUUGCUGAGUCUCAGCGUGUUUCGUUUAGACAAAAACAACAGUCAAUAAUUGUUGUGCGGCUGCAGUGGCUCUGUUGUCUCAGUUGCGACCGAAACGAUACUUCUCACUUUUGCGUUCAUGGCGCACACACGCAGAUGUCGCCACUAUUUGAGGAGUUCCUUUUUAAUGGUGAAGUAGGACAAAUCGGUGGAGCAGAUGGCAACAAAACUGGCGUG